AUGGCUCAACAAGCAAAGCAAGCAGCACAAAGAUUAGGAGGUCUUUUCCCUCAAGGUGCCGGUAAAGGUGCUGGUGCCGCCACUGGUGCUCUUGUCAUUUUGGGUGCUUUAGGUUAUGGUGUCAAUGCCUCUCUUUUCAACGUUGAUGGUGGUCACAGAGCUAUCAAGUAUACUCGUUUAUUUGGUGUCCAAAACACUGUUUAUAACGAAGGUACUCACUUCAUGAUCCCCUGGUUCGAAACACCCAUUACUUACGAUGUCCGUGCAAAGCCUCGUAAUGUUGCUUCUUUGACCGGUACCAAGGAUUUACAAAUGGUCAACAUUACCUGUCGUGUACUUUCCAAGCCUCGCGUGGAUGAGCUUGCUACUGUGUAUCGUACACUUGGACAAGAUUAUGAUGAACGUAUCUUGCCUUCGAUUGUGAACGAAGUCUUAAAGUCAGUUGUUGCUCAAUUCACUGCCUCUCAAUUGAUUACACAACGUGAGCGCGUCUCUCGUCUUGUUCGUGAGAACUUGGUGCGUCGUGCCUUGCGUUUCAACAUUAUUUUAGAUGAUGUCUCUAUUACACAUGUUGGAUUUUCACCUGUAUUCGAAGCUGCUGUUGAAGCCAAGCAAAUUUCUCAACAAGAUGCUCAACGUGCUGCCUUCAUUGUCGACAAAGCUAUCCAAGAGAAGCAAUCGAUUAUUGUGCGCGCUCAAGGUGAGGCCAAGUCUGCUGAAUUGAUUGGUCAAGCCAUCGAGAACAAGCCCGGUUUCCUUGAGUUAAAGAGAAUCGAAGCUGCUCGUGAAAUCGCCAGUGUCAUUGCUCGUUCCGGUAACAAGGUCAUGCUUGAUUCCGACACCUUGUUAUUGAACGUCAACUCACCAGUUGCCCAACAACAACAACAACGUCAACCUGAAGCUGCUGCUGUUGUCGCUUCUCCCACUUUCUCAGAUUAAAUAUAAUACACAGCAAUCCCUUUCCUUGUCUAUAAAUAUUUGUAAUUUAUUGAAAAAAAAAACAAAUAAAACUGUAAAAAAAAUAAAAAAAACAUCUAUGCUGGGUGAAAUUGUCAAAUGUAUCAUUCCUG